AAAUCGAGCGUGAAGUUUUCUUAGACUUCUUAGGUUUCUUAUUGUAAUUAUUGCCAAAUAAUAUUCUUGACGGUUGACAUGUUUAUUAGUAUGAAGUGCACUUCAGCGUGAAGCAGCGAUAUCGUUCGGAUUGAGUGACACGGUUAAUUAGCCCGGCACCCUGCAGUUCGCCGCCUGUUGCGUAUCUAAACGAUUGUUCAAUGGAGAAUAAACUCCCCUGUAACCGGAAGUAUCGGCUAAUCCCUAACUCAUACGUGCCAGUCAUGCUGCGUCCCCGAAAACGGCAGAGUGACCAGCUGCGGCCGCUUAAUUAUCGCACUAUGGAGGUGGUCGUGGUGGAGGAAGGCGUGAAGAAGCAGGAUAUUGUCGCGGAUAUUCUCAACGAGCGCAUUCGGCGCCGGCUGGAUGAGUCGUUCUACGUGCUGGAUCUGGAUGAUGUGCUGGAGAAGAUCAACCAGUGGAAGCGCUGUAUGCCGCGUGUCGGACUAUUUUACGCGGUAAAAUGCAACUCCAGCGCGGCGAUCCUGCGCGUCGUCGCCGCCGCCGGCUGCGGCUUCGACGUGGCCAGCAAAUCCGAGAUGCAGAAAGCCUUAUCCACCGGCGUCCCAUCCUCCCGCCUGGUCUACUCCAACACCUGCAAAGCCGCCUCCCACCUCGUCCACGCCCGCCGCCACGCCCUCCGCCUGACCGUCUUCGACAGCGAGGACGAGCUGCGCAAACUGCACCGCCUCUUCCCCGGCGCCCAGGUGAUGGUGCGCCUGCGCUACGGUGACCCGGCGGCCGCCAUCCCCAUGAGCGGCCGCUUCGGCGUGGACACCGCCACGGCGCGCCGGCUACUCGGUGUCGCAUGGCAGCUGGGCCUGGAGGUGGUGGGCGUGGCGUUCCAUGUGGGGUGUGGCAGCAGUGAUCCCGCCGCCUACGUCCAGGCCGUCGCCGAGAGCCGGAAGGUGUUUGAUAUGCGCGGAGAGGUCGGGAAGCCGAUGCGGGUGCUGGAUAUUGGCGGAGGGUUCCCGGGGGUCCUUAGCAAGGUGGCCAUGUCGUUCCCCGAAUUUUGUGCGCCCAUUAAUAAAGCGUUGGACGAGCAUUUCCCACCGGAAAGCGGAGUGGAAAUUAUGGCGGAACCGGGACAGUACUUGGUGACCACCGCCCAGUCCUUAUUCACUUCAGUCAUCGGAGUCAAAUCCGAAGCCGACGGUCAAGAACAAGACACGUACAUCCUCAGCGACGGCCUGUACGGCGCCUGCCGCGACAUCGCCACCUUCCACCUGCAGCCGACCAUCCGCGUGCAUCCGGCACACCCACCCGCCAGCGAGCCGAAAAAGGUCAAGGUCACGUUGUGCGGACCGACGUGCGACAGUCUGGACAAGCUGGUCAGCGACUUCUCCAUGCCGGAAGCGCACACCGGUGACUGGCUGGAGUUGCGCAAUAUGGGCGCCUACACCAACGAGCUGGCCAGCGGCUUCAACGGCUUCCCCCAGCCCAAGACCGUCGUCCUCGUGUCCAAAGGUCACUUGUCAUUAAUACCCACUUAAAUGCCUAGUUCAGCUUUUUUAGAAUUUAUUGUUAUCUAUGUUAUUCUGCUGCCAAAUGUAGCUGUGUGUUGAAUUACUGCAGAACAUUAAUGUUGCCACGCAAUGUACGCCGCGCUCCAAGGGCGGAGAAUACACGCCUACAGAUUGUCAGAUAAACUGUUGUGGGUAGUAGCGCAUGUGGGCGUUUAAUUGGGCGUUGUUCCGCCUACUAGUAAAGAAAAUGGCUUCAUAAAUGGCAACAGUUCAUGUAC